UGACACCACCUCCAUGGCGAACCACAGCCACCCCGACCCCGGCAGCAGCGAGAACCUUCUGCAGACGGUGACUCCGUUGGCCACUUUCUUCAAGCUGACCUCCCUGGGCUUCAUGAUCGGGGUCGGGGUGGUGGGGAACCUCCUGAUCUCCUUCUUGCUGAUCAAGGACAAGACCCUGCACCGGGCGCCUUAUUACUUCCUGCUGGACCUCUGCUCGUCGGACAUCAUCCGCUCGGCCGUCUGCUUCCCUUUCGUCUUCCUCUCGGUCAAGAACGGCUCGUCGUGGCCCUACGGCAGCCUGAGCUGCAAGGUGAUCGCCUUCGUCGGGGUCCUGUCGUGCUUCCACGCCGUCUUCAUGCUCUUCUGCGUGAGCGUCACCCGCUACGUGGCCAUCGCCCACCACCGCUUCUACUCCAAGAGGUUGACUUUCUGGACCUGCCUGGCCGUCAUCUGCAUGGUCUGGACCCUGUCGGUGGCCAUGGCGUUCCCCCCCGUCUUCGACGUGGGCACCUACACCUUCAUCCGCGAGGAAGAGCAGUGCGUGUUCGAGCACCGCUACUUCAAAGUCAACGACUCGCUGGGCUUCAUGCUCAUGUUCGUGGUCAUCGUCCUGGCCACCCACGUCGUGUACCUCAAGCUCAUCUUCUUCGUCUACGACCGCCGCAAGAUGAAGCCGGUCCAGCUGGUGCCGGCGGUCAGCCAGAACUGGACCUUCCACGGACCCGGGGCCACCGGCCAAGCGGCCGCCAACUGGAUCGCGGGCUUCGGCCGGGGACCCACCCCGCCCACCCUGCUGGGCAUCCGCCAAAACCCCCAGGGCCAGGGCAUGAGGCGGCGGCUGCUGGUCAUGGACGAGUUCAAGACCGAGAAGCGGAUAGGCCGGAUGUUCUACCUGAUCACUUUUUUCUUCGUGGCCCUCUGGUGCCCGUACCUGGUGGCCUGUUACUGGCGGGUGUUUGUGAAGGGCCCGGCCGUGCCGCGUGGCUACCUGACGGCCGCCGUGUGGAUGACCUUUGCCCAGGCCGGGGUCAACCCCUUCAUCUGCAUCUUCUCCAACCGGGAACUCAGGCGCUGCUUCAGCACCAACCUCCUGUACUGCCGGAAAUCCAGGUUACCGAGGGAACCUUACUGCGUGAUAUGAUCCCCCCCUCCCACUCCCCC